GCCUUUGUCAUCAACGACAAGCAGGUCUUUGAAAUGAAGCUCAAUUACGAUGCUGGGAAUCGAAUUGCGGAGAGUCGAGUGACUGUUGGGCGGUCUACGAGGCAGGAACAGUUGGGAUACGAUGCUGAUGGGCAUUUGCGUUUUGUGAAGGGCCGGCGGUCAUUUGAGUACUCGUACGAUGCUAAUGGCAAUUGCGUGAGGAUCGCUGAGGAAGGAGAGACUUGGAUGCUGAGUUAUGACAAGGCGGAUCGGCUCACUGACUUUGGCGAACACGUUUGGAAUCGAUACGACUCGGACGGUCGCGUUCGUCAGACCCGAGACAUCCGGUUCACGUACAACUCGAAAUCCCAGCUGAUGCACGCUGUGCAACCCGACGGGUUCCGUCGCUGGUACAUCUACGACCACAGAGACCGACUCGCAGCCUGGCUCGACGACCGCGGGAACAGAACCCAGUUCCUCUACGGCGACCCAACCCACCCGCAUCGCGUCACCCACAUUUUCUACCCGGUCACGAAGCAAACCCUGUUACUGGUCUACAACCACCUGGGUCACCUGAUUUCCCUCGACGACGCAGGCCGGAAGUACGUGGUUGCCACGGACCAAGUCGGGUCGCCGUUGGCAUUGUUCGACACCCGCGGCGGCGUCGCCAAGGAAAUCGUGAGGGCGCCGUUUGGACGCGUCGCUGAGGACACGAACCCGGGGAUCCACGUGCCGCUCGAUUUCCACGGGGGGAUCCGGGAUCCUCUCACCCAGCUCGUCCACUUUCCAGAGGGCGUUUAUGACCCGUUUUCGCGCCAGUGGCUGAACCCGAGGUGGACGGAUGUGCUGCACUUGUUGCCCCUGCCUGCUGCUCUGUUCCCGUACCGAUUCAAGAAUAAUGACCCUACCCGAGACAUCCGGUUCACGUACAACUCGAAAUCCCAGCUGAUGCACGCUGUGCAACCCGACGGGUUCCGUCGCUGGUACAUCUACGACCACAGAGACCGACUCGCAGCCUGGCUCGACGACCGCGGGAACAGAACCCAGUUCCUCUACGGCGACCCAACCCACCCGCAUCGCGUCACCCACAUUUUCUACCCGGUCACGAAGCAAACCCUGUUACUGGUCUACAACCACCUGGGUCACCUGAUUUCCCUCGACGACGCAGGCCGGAAGUACGUGGUUGCCACGGACCAAGUCGGGUCGCCGUUGGCAUUGUUCGACACGCGCGGCGGCGUCGCCAAGGAAAUCGUGAGGGCGCCGUUUGGACGCGUCGCUGAGGACACGAACCCGGGGAUCCACGUGCCGCUCGAUUUCCACGGGGGGAUCCGGGAUCCUCUCACCCAGCUCGUCCACUUUCCAGAGGGCGUUUAUGACCCGUUUUCGCGCCAGUGGCUGAACCCGAGGUGGACGGAUGUGCUGCACUUGUUGCCCCUGCCUGCUGCUCUGUUCCCGUACCGAUUCAAGAAUAAUGACCCUGUGAACCCGGGGAACCCUGGGGGCGCUCCAUCUCUUAUGGGACUAGAAGACUGGAUUAAGUACUUCGGAUACAAUUGGGAGAACUUGCUUGCCAAAGAAUAUCUGCAACACUCGUGGCAAAAGUCGUUGACAGCUGUUCCCAAACUUCCUGAUUGGAUUCUACCGAACUUCGAGGUUGGAUCAGGUUUGGAUUGCUUCAUUCGCACCAUCGACGCGAAUCUGCGAACUCUGGACUUUUCGCCAGUGUCGAGCAUCCGCGCAUCCAGUCCUUUGUUUUGGCCUGCAAAAUUGCCGUCGUUGGCACACAAAUCGCCGCCUUUCGGUCGCGGAAUAACGGUGUCGAACGAAGCCGGAAGAGCCGUGAUUGCUGACGUUAGGAGUGCCAAUGCCAUUUUGCGUGACGUCGUCACUUCCGUGCUCAACAAUUCGCACUUCCUCGAUUUUCACGUCAAUGCUGGACCCGUGGAGAGGUUUUAUUUCGUCAAAACGAAUGUCGCCAGACUCGAUGACGUGAACCUUCAUCAUCAUGGCAACUCCAAACUCAACUUGGAACAACUUCGACGCAUUAUCGGAGUCUUCACUGUUAAUGCGGAAAAGACCAAAACCGGGUCGGAAGUGACUGUGACAAAUUCCGAGGCGGAAAUCGUCAUCCGUUACGGAGAAUCCGUGGUGCAAGAGAAGAGUUCCAUCUUGAAAGAGCUGAACAAGAUGGCUGUGGAAAAGGCGUGGGAGCGGGAAGCAGACAUGGCCGUAGCAGGUGCCUACUCAUUGCAGGACUGGAGCCAGAACGAACUUGCUCAGUUGCUCAAGAGAGGCAAAGUAAACGGGUACCACGCGAACCAGAUCCACAGCGUUUACGAGUACCCGGACCUGGUGGACGACCCAGCAAACGUCCUCUUUGUCAAAUCUACGAAAAAUAGAAGAACGAGGAGGAAAAUCCGGAAAUACCAACCAGGGUUCGGCCAGUUUUCCUACAGAUGAUUCGAACAAGAUUUCCUGAGUCUCAUACAACGAGAGUCCGUGAUAUAAAAAAAAAACGAAAAAAAUCGCUUUCGGCCCGCACAAAAAAAAAAGUUAUUCAUGUGUAAGGAAGGAACAAGCCAUCGAAUGACAGGCUGUUUUCUUUUCUAUUUUUAGUUUUGACGGCGAUUUUUUUUAUUUAUUUUAUAGGGAAGAAAUUUGUUUUCAUUUGUUGCUUAGCACUUUCUUUAUUUUCCGGGAAUCGUCGAGCUUUUGCGCGCCGAAUUCGGUGAUCUGUUUGUCAUUUAUUCUCCCAGCAGAAAUGUGGGCCGAAGCCGUUGUUGACAUUCCAGUGCAAUUUUUUAAUCUUCUAAACGAGAUGUUUUCGUUGUGAUUUUCAGCUUUGAUUUGGAUUCAAAGUUUUCAUAAUUUGGACGGAAAACUCUCGCUUUAAGCGCUGACUCAUUUUUUGUAUACUCUAUAGCGAAGGUUUUACUGCAUAUCUCUUUUUAGUCGUGUACUUCACAAAAAAUUGAAACGAAAAAUUUUCUUUGCCCUUGAGACCCUGUUCAUGCUUCCGCCCCGAAUUUUUUUUUUUAAAGGGAACAGUUGUUGGUGUGUAUUUUUCUCGAGGGUUGUUAGAUCUUGUUUUCGGCCCUUUAGUCGUGCGUGAAACGUCGAUAAUCGAAGCGGAAUUUUUAAUCGAGUAAUUUCCGGAUUUGGUGGCUGUGGAAUUGAAUGGAUUUUAUUUGUGCGUGUGUGUGUGGGUGUGUGUGAGCAAAGUUCGGAAAUUUUUCCCGAAAGGCAAUCCAAGUUGGUCUGAUGGUCGACCCGACGGGGUCGUGUUUUUUCUAGUCCGAUUGUUUGCGAUGAAUCUCUGUGGCUUUUUUUCCAUUGCGAGUGAAUGAUGACAUGCGAUGUAAAUCUUUAUUCCUCCCUGGAUUUUCGUCCAAAUAUACUCACUGAAAUCCAGGGCUUUUUUUUUUUUUGGAGAAUGUGGUGAAAUGAGGCCCUGUUUUGAAGAAAACAUCUUCCCUGGAAUUUUUUUUUGUCUGAUGCUGGUAAACGUCGGUCAUUCGCAGUCUUUUUGCUGCAUUCGAGAUCGAUUCGAGCGUGUCCCUUAUUCUUCGAUGGAUAGUUUUUAAACUUAAUCCGGCGUUUAGGAAUUGUGAGAAAUUCCGAUGAUGUGAAAGUAACAUGCGUUUUGACCAACGAA